UGCAAGGUACUGAAGAAGCUCUUUGCUUUCAGAUAUCGGCAAACAAGAUUCAGCUCACGAAGGAUACGUAAAAGGGUAGUUUUCAAGCACGGCGACUGCAAUGUCGUACAAGGAAAUGUCGCCAAGAGACGUCGUCGUUACCUUCAGGACAUUUUCACGACGCUGGUGGACGCACAAUGGCGCUGGACGCUCCUGGUGUUUUCGAUGAACUUUCUGCUUUCAUGGCUAGGAUUCGCCUUGAUAUGGUGGUUGAUCGCGUACAGUCACGGCGAUCUCGAUCCAGGAAAUUACAACAAUCCAAACUUGACGUUCACACCGUGUAUCGUGGACAUUCGUGGAUUCACCAGCUCGUUUCUAUUUUCCAUCGAGACGCAGCACACGAUCGGGUACGGUUCGAAACACCCAACAGACGAAUGUCCAGAGGCAGUGUUCGUGAUAUGUAUCCAGUCAAUGACAGGUGUGAUCCUACAGGCCUUUAUGGUCGGAAUAGUGUUCGCGAAACUCUCCCGACCAAAGAAGAGAACGCAGACGUUGCUGUUUUCAAGGAAUGCUGUGAUUUGUCAAAGAGAUGGCCAACCCUGUCUGAUGUUCCGUGUCGGUGACAUGAGGAAGAGUCAUAUCAUCGAGGCUCACGUUAGAGCACAAAUGAUCAAAAGGAAGGUUACCAGAGAAGGGGAACUGUUACCAUUCUUCCAAACAGAACUGAAAGUGGGCAGUGAUGGCGAGGAGGACAAGAUAUUAUUUAUCUGGCCAACGAUGAUCGUUCACAAGAUCGACGAACAGUCACCCCUUUAUCACAUAUCAGCGAGCGAUAUGCUUAGGGAACGGUUCGAGAUCGUGGUGAUAUUGGAAGGUGUUAUCGAAUCAACUGGCAUGACAACUCAAGCCAGAAGCUCUUAUCUGCCGUCUGAAAUUUUAUGGGGGCACAGAUUCGAGCACAUAAUCACAUUCAAAAAGGAGACUGGAGAAUAUGAAGUAAACUAUACGUUGUUCAACAAUACCUACGAAGUUGAUACACCAUUAUGUUCAGCGGCUGAUCUGGAUAAAAUCAGAGCGAUGCAACGGGCGAAAGGAGGUACGAGCGAGCUCAGAGAAAGUUUUAACAAGCAACGAAUGAGCAGCAGUGGAUUUACUCAUUACCGCGACGCAUCGAGCAGUUCUUUGACUACCGGAUCCGGUUCCAGUCUAGCGUCGUCCACAGGCGGAUUGCACAUGAACGUGCCAAUGACGCCACUCACUCCGAUUCCAGUUAUGAUCACCGGCCCUGACGGUUCUCUUAGACGAGAGAGCAUGCAAAGCAUGCAAACCGACGUGAAACAGCCGAUAUUUUACACGCAAAACGAGUUUCUGGACAAUGAUCCACACGCUUUAAAUCAUCAUUCUCAAGAGGAAGAAGAUUACGAUCGCGUGCUAGAAGACAUAAACGCGUCCCUAAGAAAGAGUCGAGGAUACAACAAAGAAGACAGGAAAAUAUACAGAGAACCGUCCAAGUGUACCUUAGAUUCUAGAAAAAGCGAGUCCAGAGACAUAAUCAGAAGAUCCGGUUCUAGAACAGCGAUUGAUCAAAUUCCAGUCAUCAACUCUCCGCCAAGAUCACCCUCGCGACAGCAUUUAGAUCCCAGACAUAGCAAGUUCGCAGAACCCAUGGAAACGUAUCGAGAGCCUCUGCCUCAUCCGCUUUCGUCUUCGAGAAGAUCCAGCCUAGGAGAGAAUCAGAAGGGCUUGCAGAAAAAGACCAGCUUCGUUUUAGGCGACGAAGAACACCACGUGUUAAAUAUGGAGCCUACGAAGGUGUCGCCAGUUCAAGAGCCAUUAGAUGUUGAUUCAUCCAAGGCGAACCAUCAUCCUAAGAACACUCUUAGUCUUCCUCAGGAACAAGUG